CCUCGGCCGAAUCAGAACGUCAGCUAUUUCUGAUGCAUAUGCACCGACAUUUAAUCGCUUUGAUCAAUUGAUAACCAGUCAAAUAAUGGCGAGGUUCCCUCCCAGAGUACCUUGUCGUUUUAUACCAGUGGAGAUAACGCACGAUUUGGUACUCAUGACUUGUACCAGAAAGUAUCUUGAGUCCAAGAUAGAGGUUUCGCAUGUUCGACAUCAGCAGCCUCGAGGCGCCGGGGUAUCGACAACGAGAACAGGUGAUCCAGCUCUUCGAACGAGGCGAUUGGUAAACAGUAAGAAUCCUCAGGAGUUAACAGAUCUAGGCUGUAGACUUCCGUCACUGGUAUUCGCCGAGUAUCGAACGGUGAAUGCAGGGACAACUCGCAGCUACUUUGUUUACGAGCAGUGCACUCAUGCUAACAAGGCAAAGCGCUCCAAUGGUGUUGCGUAUGGUUUCCAGCACCGAUACUUCAUUCUUAUAACAGUAUAUUCACACGGCACAAACUUCAUAAAUGGCGGUCCGAUGGGGAUCCAGUUGACACAAAUGCAAGCAACACAAUCCAAUAAUCCAAAUAGCAGCAGCUCGUCUCCAGGUGAGAUCGUGGGCUAUUAGCGAAAGUUCCUU